AUGCUGAAGGCAAGACUUCGGCAGCCCUGUCUGCAAAUCCAGCCCGGCUGCCCCACUCCCGGCAAGGCUGCACAAAACCCGUGUGUCUGCGGGACGGCCAAGGGGGACACCGAGGGGGACGCCAGCUGUUGGCAGGAGAGGGGGAGCAGAGGGGGGCAGAGGUGCCGUCAGCUCCGGGACGCUCCUGCCUCUGAGGCAGUUGAGCAGGAGGGAUGGACAGGACCACCAGGGGGGAAGGUGAGCGGGAGCUGCCGGCGGGAGCCCAGGGGGCUCAACGGGGACACGCCGGGUCCCUCGGUGGACAACGGCAGCCUGGCCUUGGCCACUGAACCUGCAGCCCCAACAAAAUGCCCCGGCUCUGCCCCAGAGCUGCGCCAUGCAGCAGCCAGCCCCACGGCUGACCCCAGUCAGGAGUGGAAAGUGGUGAAGAUUCAGCGGGUCCUCAUCAACCCUGCUGGCGAGCCAAGGAAAGCAGGUCUCUCCCGCAGCGCCAGCCUCUCUGAGAAGGAGUUGAAGGAGGCGAAGGCGCGGAGCCGGAGGAUCGCGGCGCAGCUCACCACGGCACCCAGCCCCAGCUCCAAGGGAGUCCUGCUCUUCAACCGCCGCAAGCAGCGCGUUGACGGGCUCGCCGGGGCCGGGCAUGGCGGGGGGCUGCCACUGACCCCCGCUCCCCGGCCUCGGCAAGCAGCCAUGGAGGAGGGUGAGGGGCAGGGGACAAAGCCAGAGCCCGACCAGCCCGGCACCCUGGGAGAAGGGCUGCAGGCGAACACCUCCCCGUGCCGGGAGACACCUGCCGAAGCCCAGCAGGUCCCGCUUAGCAUCUACCUGAAGGAGAACAUGGCAUCAGCUGCCACCAACGGCGUGCAGGAGGGGAUGGCCAGCAGAAUGGAGAGCAGGGCAGGGGGGCUUGGGGUUGCAGGAGCCCCUGCGGGGCUGAGCACAACAGCAGCUCUUGCCCUGCCACAGAGCCCCAAGGAGGGGAAGAAUGGCGAGGUGCCCGGCGAGGUGCCCAGCAAGGUGCCCAGCGCACCAGUGGGGACGGCCACCGGGACGGCAUCCCCCGCCAGCCAGCGGCAGAAUGGGGUGCAGGGCCGGCAGUACUACGAGGUCCAUCUCACCCUGGCCAAGCCCAAGCCCGUGAAGAACCGGACGGCCAGACCCUUUGGCACCCAGUCAUCCCCCGCCAGUGGUCAGCCAGCCGAUGGACCCCCUGCCACCGAGCUGCCCCCGCCGCCCACCUACGCGGAGACCCUGAGCAGCCCCCCGCCGCUCACCCGCGUCCGCUCCCCCCCUGCCUACUCGGCUCUGUAUCCCCCCCGGGAGCAGAAGAUGCUGCCAGGUCCCCCCCUGAGCUGUGGGGCGAGUGGACCGAACCCUCUGCCCAAAACAGGGAUCCUGGAGGAGUCGGCCGCCCGUAGAGGCGGCAAAAAGUCCAUGUUCACCUUCGUCGAGAAGCCGAAGCUGGGCCCCAACCCCGAUCUGCUGGACCUGGUUCAGAGCGCGGACAGCAGGAAGAAGCAGAAAGAGCAGGGGGAGCCCGGUGCCGAAGAUGAGCCCUUCGCCCUCGGGGCCGAAGCCUCCAACUUUGUCCCCAACAGCAUGGCCAGGGGCGGGCAGCACCUCCUGCCAGCCGACGAUGCUCCGGCGUGGUCCUCCUGCCUCAAGUCUCCCACCAUCAAGCCCAAGCCGAAGCCGCAGCCCACCCACAACCUCAGUGAAGCGAGAGGGAAGGGGGCCGAGCUCUUCGCCCGCCGGCAGUCCAGGAUGGAGAAGUUCAUCAUCGAGGCUCCCUCCCAGCCCGAGCUGCUGCGGUCCCCGUCGCCCACCAUGUCCCUGCCUCCCUCCUGGAGGUACGACGCCAACGCUUGCCUGUCGCCCAUGGUCUCCAGACACCCCUCCAAAAGUCCCUCCAGGCCCUCCAAAACCCCCCCAGCAUCUCUGUACGGCGGCAACCUGAUGGAAAAUGAGGUCUCCCAGAAAGAGCUGGAGAUCUCCAAGCACCAGCCCUACCAGCUCCAGUCUUCACUCUUCAUCCUCUCUCCAUCCAAGGGGCCAGCGAGGUCCAUGCCCCGGGAGAUGCCUCCACCCAGACCUUCUCUUCCCGACGCCUACCCCUACUCCCAGCAAACCUCCUGCCCGACCUCUCCGUUGCCUCCUUCCCCCGUUUGGCAUCCCCCCGCCGUGCCCGGUGCCGGCCAGACCACCUCCAGCCCCUUACCUGGUGCCACCGGGGCUCUGCCCCUGACUCAUGACAGCCGUGCCGGUCCCGGAGCCCCGAACGAGGUGCUGCUGGCCUCCCCGUGCCGCCUGCUGCCGCCCCGAGCAAAGGGAGGCUUCCAGGCACCCCGGCCCUCCUACUCCACCAGGAAUGCCGGCAUCGAGCCGCAGGAAAGGCGGCCGUCCCUCCCCGCCUCGCCCACCUGGACGCCCCGGCCGGUGCGGCGCCCGGGCAGCCUGGACGGCUGGGCCAGCCCGGCCUCGGUGCCUGAGCUGGACGAGGGACCCCCCACAUCCCCUCCGUGGAGCGAGAGGUCCCUGUCCCCGCUGCGGCAGGACGCCGACCCUCGGGCCAGCCGGCAGAUGCAAGCGCGGCUCGCCAGGAACAUCAUCAACGCUGCCCGGAGGAAGAGCUCCUCUCCCAAAGCUGUGGGGCCGGAGGGUUCCCGACCCUUCACCCCCAUCCCUGCUGGCCCCCCCAGCCUGCCCCAGUCCCCCCGGCCGGAGAGCUCCAGAGCCCCGGCACUGCAGGCUGCCGGCAGCGUGCCGGGGAGCCUGGGCAGCCCCUCGCCCACCCACAAAAGUCCCCUGCGAUCGCCCCGGGCGGAUGGCCCCCAAUUUUGUGCCUCUCCCGGGAUGCCCCGUGCCUCCUGGGCAGAGGGUCGCCGGCUUCUGCUGUCACCCAGCGUGUCCUCCUGCCCCAUCCCCGGGCUGUCCCCCAGCCCCAAGAGUCCCCUGCCAUCCCCCGUGGUGGGUGGGCGAUCCUCGGCCAAGCGCUGCACCUCCCGGUCCCCGACGGACUCGGACGUCUCCCUCGACUCCGAAGACUCGGGGGCCAAAAGCCCGGGCAUCCACAGCUUCAACCUCUGUCCCCGGGGCUGGACCAGCAGCCUGCGGCUGAAGCAGGGGGGGCUGCCUUCGGGGGCCCCCUGCACCUCCUAG